AUGUCUCAGGGGGACCAGCCAAAGUCGUCGUAUUCGGACCUGCAGGACUCGGAUGUGGCCCACCAGAUGCACGGGUUCGGACACCCGGCCAUGCAAAAGAUGCCUCGGCAGCUGGUUGUCUUUGAAUCCGGCGACGGCGCUGUGCUCAGGGACAUUGAGGGCAAAGAAUACCUCGAUGCCAUGGCCGGCAUCACCGUGGCCCACCUUGGCCAUGGCCGCGAAGAUCUAGCCCGCGUUGCCUACGAACAGCGGAACCUGACCAACACCAAUGCCGUCAAGGUGUGCGAGCGGCUGUCUGGACUCGCCGCGCAGGCGUUUCCGGGGGCCGACAAGAUGGACGGGGCGCGCGUGUACCUGACGGCGGGCGGGGCCGAGGGCAUCGAGGCGGCCUACCACCUCGCGCUGCGCUACUGGAACAAGUCGGGCCCGCUCGGCACCAGCUACGGCGGCGGCUACAGGAAGCAGAAGCUCAUCUCGUUCCGCAACUGCUACCACGGCAGCACCUUCAUCCCGGCCUCCAUGAAGCCCGAGUUCUCCGACUACGGGUGGAAGCGGUGGAUGGAGGGCCAGCCCAAGGAGGUCUAUGGCAGUGCUGCGCACAGGAUGUUUGUCAAUAUCGACCCACCGCACGAGCUCUUUAUGGACAAGAGCAAGAUUAAGCCAGGGGAGAAUGUUGGGCAGGCUGCUGCGAGGCAACUGGAGGAGACCAUCCUGGGAGAGGGGCCGGACACGGUAGCAGCCUUUGUCUUUGAGCCAGUCCAGGGCGAUGGCGGCGCCGUCGACAUGCACCGCGACUUCUUCCCCCUCGCAGAGGAGAUCUGCAAAAAGCACAACGUGCUGAUGAUUGCCGACGAAAUCAUGGCCUUUGCCAAAACAGGCCACUGGUUCGGCAUGGAGCUGUACGGCGGCGUGUGCCCGGACAUGAUGGUCAUCAGCAAGGGCCUGACGUGCGGCUACCUGCCCAUGGGCGCCGUCAUCUUCCGCAACGCCAUCUGGCGGACCGCCUUUGAGAACCUGAGCACCAAGUUCAUGGUCUCGGACGUGUGGCAGCACGACUACACGUGGUCCGGCCACCCCGUGUGCGCCGCCGUGGCCCUGCGCGCGCUCGACAUUGUCGAGUCGGAGGGUUUGAUCACCAAGUGCGCCGAGCGCGGCCGGGUGUUUCUGGAUAUCCUGAAACGCAAGCUGGAGGGGCUCCAUGUGGUCCAGCAGGUGCGCGGCACCGGCGUCAUGCUGGGUGUUGACCUCAUCUCGGACAUUGCUACCGAUAUUGAGCAAAAGGUGCUGCUUGAGUACGGGGUUGUCUUGCGCGCGAGUACAAAUAAGCACUGCCUGCUCCUGACACCGCCCUACGUCAUGACGGACGACCAGUUUGAGCGCGUAGCCGACGCCCUGAGGAGUGUCCUUUCGAGCUCGGCUACAAUGCUCGAGAGCGCCGUGAGCAAGUCACGGCAGCAUUAG